GGUGGCAAGCGAGGAGGAGCCGCUCCCAAGAUGCACAGCCUGGCAACAGCCGCGCCUGUGCCUACAGCAUUGGCCCAGGUGGAUAGAGAGAAGAUCUAUCAGUGGAUCAAUGAGCUGUCCAGUCCAGAGACAAGGGAAAAUGCUCUCCUGGAGCUGAGUAAAAAGCGUGAAUCUGUUCCUGACCUUGCCCCCAUGCUAUGGCACUCUUUUGGUACUAUUGCAGCUCUCUUACAGGAAAUUGUAAAUAUUUACCCUUCUAUCAAUCCACCUACCUUGACUGCACAUCAGUCUAACAGAGUUUGCAAUGCUUUGGCACUAUUACAGUGUGUGGCAUCACACCCAGAAACCAGGUCAGCAUUUCUUGCAGCCCAUAUUCCCCUCUUCUUGUAUCCCUUUUUGCACACGGUCAGCAAGACUCGUCCCUUUGAAUAUCUUCGUCUCACCAGCCUUGGAGUUAUUG